AUAGUUGUUUACUUCUUUAUGUGAGUGAAAACUGUUGAUAUAGGGAAUGCCCCCGAAGGAACAGUAUUCAGUAGUCCGUAAUAUGAGAUACAUGAGUGGAAUGCAAUAUCAAAAUUUUUGACGAAUAGUUGGAAUAUAACGCUAUGCCGGUUACAGACAAUUUUAGCUGAAACAGGGGGAGGCACUCCUAUAUUUACAGUGACAUAGUAUAUUUAUGUUUUUAGCUGCUUAUUGAGUCGAAGAUAACGCACACAGCAUUACCUGUGAAUACACCUAGGUCUAAAGUAAACAUGCUCAGAAAUAUGUUUCCGAAUAAUGUUGAAUAUUCAAUGACUCAGAAAAGUGGUAAAGAUUCCCUGCGUGAGAUAAAAAGUGGGUCUGUGCUACUUAUAGAAAAACCGUUUGCUUUCGUUCUGAAGAGUUCCUUACGAGCAGAAAGAUGUGCCUUCUGUUUAAAAACUGGUAAACUAUCAAGGUGUUCUGGUUGUCAAUUCUGUUAUUACUGUGGCCGUGAGUGUCAAAAAUCUGCUUGGCUUGACCACAAGUAUGAAUGCCACUUGCUAAAAAAAAUUUCACCCCGUGUUGUGCCAGAUGCUGCCAUGCUUGUUGCAAGAAUUAUAUUUAAAUUACAGAGAGGAGCGGAUCAGGAAAUGGGAUUUUACUCAGACAAUACGUACCGUAAAUUCAGAGAUUUGAUGUCACAUUAUCCUGACAUAAAGAAGGAUGACCAGAGAAUGCAGCAUUUUGCAUCUAUCUGUGGUGUUCUUCUUGACUAUAUAGGAGCAGCCAACUUGCCAAAUCAUGCCGAACUCAUGGGAAUAUAUGGAAGGAUGUGUAUAAAUGGUUUCAGUAUUUUAGAUCCUGAAAUGCAUGGCAUUGGAACUGGUAUUUAUCUGGGUGCAUCUGUUAUUGACCACUCAUGUUGUCCAAAUGCAGUAGCGGUUUUUGAUGGAACAAAAAUAUACAUUAGAGCAGUGGAGGAUAUUCCUUCUCCAGAUUGGAAUAAAGUGUUUAUUGCUUACAUUGAUACAUUAAAUUAUGCAACUGACAGACAAGCAGAACUGCAGCAAACGUAUUACUUUACAUGCUCAUGUUUAAAGUGUAAAGACAUUGAAGAAGCAUGUCUUAUGGACAGUAUGUUAUGUCCUAAUUCAAAAUGUGGUGCUCCAGUCACACAUACUUAUGGCAUCAAAAGCAAAUGUCCAGAAUGUGGGACUGACAUUUCACAAGAGCUGAUAGAUGAAUAUCAAAAUGUUUCAUCUUUCACUGAACGUCAUCUGAAUGACAUGAAAGAAUAUUGCUAUCUGGAUGUCUGCAUUAGUUGUUUAAAAAAACAAGAAGGACUUUUCCACCCUUACAAUCUGCAGCAUAUAAAAACAUUGGAUAUGGCAUUUGAAACUGCUAUUCAGAUGGGCUUAUUUACACAGGCAAGAAAAUAUGGUGAGGAGCUAAUUCCAGGCCUCAGGAAAUAUUAUGGAGAACGACAUCCUCUGCUUGGGAUUUCACUCAUGAAGUGUGGUAAGAUAUGUGUUUAUCUUGGAGACUUCUCAGCAGCACGCGAUAAACUGGAAGAAGCAGAACAUGUUAUAAAAUUAACUCAUGGUGUGAAUCAUAUUUUAUAUAAAUCAGAGCUUGAACCACUGUUGUUAACAUGCCACGUUGAACUAAAGAGUUAGGCUUUUUUUCCUGUUUAUAUAAUAAGCUGUUUCCACACCUCCUUUUUUUUUUAAGGAACUGGCUAUGUGAGGUAAAAUAAACCAUAUUAUUGCUAUGAGUGGAUGGAUGUGGUGUUUGGUUGUUAACAGCUGGAUUUAUGACUUGAUGUAGGAUUGACACCUGUUGUUGCUGGUGAGAGUAAAAUGAUAGUCUGAA